AUGGGAAAUACUGGCAGCUCGGGAACGAAGCUCGGAGGGCGCUACACAAGUCACAUGGCUGGGUUCAUGGACAGUGGGGGUUCCAAGUAUCCAUGUGACCUAAACGUCAUAAUUGAGACAGAUGACGUCAUCCAUAUGAUAGAAAGAUGUGAUCGUCAAGAAGCCCGGAUCAACGGAGAGAUCAACUGUUCACUGUUAUCAAAGGACCCUGUCCGGUUUUCUGCUGGCAAGUUCUUCGUUCUUAGCUCUGGCGAAAGUAACUUGCAUUUCAAAAGCAUGGUCUACGAGGCCCUAUUGCCCAUAGGGGAAAAUGGUUGCUUCUUUGAAGGGAAAAGACGAGCCAGCGAUAAUUCGUUCAAUGGGAAUAACGCUGCCGACGAUUCGUCACUGAACAUUGUCAUCAAGAAUGGGCCCAAUCAUACUGAUGAGACUUUUACUACCGGCCAAGUUUCUGCAAAAUUGGUGGAUAUUGCCAAAGAGCUCACCGAAAUUGAAAUUACAGGUAGUGGGGAUGACGAGAAAUUGAAAAUGGAGUGGAAGGCGAAAUUCGGAUUCUUUCUCGGGGGCGUUCUCCUCACGAUCAGCGAUAUCUUCUCCCCCACUGAAUUCUGUCCAAAGACUUCUGCCCGGGAGAGACGCCAUCUGGACAAGAAAGGCAUAAAGCCUACGGUGUAUAACUUAACGGCCACAGACGGCGUACCUCUGCUAAUGACUCGCUACAAGUGCGGAAACAAGGGGCCGAUCUUGCUCCUUCACGGACUCUGUGUUACAAGUAGAAUAUUUUCUCUAGAUACCAUAGACAAGAACUUCGUAGAGUUCUUGUGUGAGCAUGGAUACGAUUUAUGGUUCCUAGAGCUUAGAUUAUCAGUUGCCCUUCCUUCACACCAAAAAUCUUCUCAAAUGCAUGACCCUGCGGGGAAAGAUCUCCCACCUGCUAUAGACCUGAUUAUAAAAGAAUCCAAUUCACCGGACAUCCAAGUCCUUGGUCACUGUAUUGGGUCUAUAACGACGCACGUGGCUCUGCUUGGAGGCCAUAUUGACCGAAGAAAGAUCCGAUGUUUCAUUGCUUCUCAAGUCGGAUUCAGCAUGAUAUCAUCAGCCAUGAAUCAAGCCAAAGCCAAAACUAGGCUUGACAAUAUUGCCGUUGCAUUCGGCUACAAAGGACUAUCCGCGUAUACAGACAAGAACGACCACGCGCGGGAGAAGUUCAUGUCUGCAGUGUCCAAUGCACUAGCACGAACGGCACUCAACAAAGAGAACCAGUGCGGCAGUGUCGUGUGCCAUAGAAUUACAGCAAUGUUUGGACUUAUGUGGGAACAUCGUAACAUGAAUGAAGAAACGCACCAAACAUUGUCCGAGUGGUUCGGAUUCGGACACGCCGACUAUUAUCACCACCUCUCGGUUGCCUUCCGAAAGGGCCGAUUAGUUGAUCCGGAGGGGAAGGACGUUUACCUUCCGGAUUUCAACUCGAAAAACCGGCUCGAAUCACCACUGUAUCGUGAGGCCAUGAAGAAAGUGGACAUUCCAAUCUUAUAUUUCGUCGGAUCAUUGAACAAAGCUUGGGAGAUCGAUGCAUCGAGAGAUAGCUACCAGAGAGCCAAUGAUGCAAACCCUGAUCAGUAUUACGAAUGGUUCGAGGUUCCUACCUAUGGACACCUGGACUGCAUCAUUGGGAAGAAUGCCGCAGAGGAUGUGUUUCCCCGUCUUUUGACCUUUCUUGACAAGUACGCAUUGCCUGAAACGGUAUGGGAAGGAAAUGAUGAUGGCACUUGCUACUACAAGUCAAUUUAG